AUCAAAUCGCGACAAGAGCGCAAGCAUGAAUGACAUCAAGUUGGCCCUGCUGGGAAGUCCGGGAGCUGGAAAGUCAGCUGUCCUCGUGCGCUUCCUGACCAGACGCUUCAUCGGAGAAUAUGCAUCUGACACCAAUUCUCUGUAUCGAAAGAGGCUGUCCAUCGAAGGCAGGCAGCUGAAUCUGGAGGUGUUUGAUCCUUGCUCGCAGAGCUCAGAGGCUAGGUGCAUACUGGAGGAACCGGUGGAGUGGGCAGACGGCUUUGUGGUGGUCUACAACAUUAGCGAUCGCACUUCCUUCCUCGACGCCAAGAACAUCCUGCGGCAGAUCCGUGAGGCUCGUCAGCAGGACCAAUGCAAAGGGUCAGAACCAUUCCCCCCCAGGGAACUAUUGGACAUCCCCGUGUGUCUGCUGGGCAACAAGCAGGACCUGUGUCAUGCCCGGCAGGUGCGCGAGGACGAAGGCCGCUGCCUGGCGCAGGAGAACCGCUGCCACUUCCAGGAAGUGUCGGCGGCGGAAAGCUACCAGGACAUUGCCGCCCUCUUCACACAGCUCAUCAGGCAGGUGAUGGACCACCUGAAGUACCGUGCCGACCGCCGCCGCUACAGUGGCUCCAAGUCCAUGGCCAAGCUUAUCAACAACGUGUUCGGCAAGAGGAGGAAGUCGGUGUGAACGAAGGGUCACGUGUGUAGACAUUGUUUCCAAAUGGUACUACAGGAAAGAUAGGAUCUGUGGCUUUACAUUUAACCGAAUAUAUUUUAAUCUUAUGUUCAUAUUAUUCUUGUUUAUAUUUUGUUUUAGAACACAUACCAUUUGUCAUGUUGUAGAUGCAGAUGGGAGGUUGUAAUUAAUGUAAAUAAAGUGACACAUUAUGGAUGAAGUACCAGCUCGGGAAGGGACCGAAGGACCUACCAAGGCAUGUCAGCAGUCUCUCAGUGUCGAGACUUGGUGAAUGUUGUAAACGAGUU